AAUUUAACACACCAAACACUUCAGGGGCCAUAUGGAAAACAAAUAUGUUUUGGAAUUUAGAGAGAAGAAAAACAGCUAUCCCAGCAGCAGUUGCAGUUUCAUCCUUAUCCUAAAACAAAUCUUUUCUCAUCUAUAAACAAAAUUUUCACAGUCAGCUUCAUAGCCUCAUGUUUUGAGUUUCUCCCACAAUCACAAUUUUUUCUCUUUUCCGGUAUUAGAUAUUUCCAAUUUUUUCCUCCACUAAUAUUAAUAUUAUUAAGUGGUUACUCUCAAAACUACUUAAAAGGAGGAAAAAAAAAGAAAUAUCAGAAAAUAUUCACAUUCACAUAUUCACUGUUAUUUCACCCUCAAACUGAAACCAAAGCGAAGCAAAGAAGAAAUUGUGUCAUGGUCAUGGCUUCCAUGUAUGCACCCACAGCUCCGAAGCUGAGUUUCCCAAACCACAAGAAGCAAUCUUCAAUCCCUUUCACUCUCAGAAGGCCCUCGCUCAUUCCUUUUCCUUCUUCCAAUUCCCAUUCCCUCUGCCGCUGCCUCAACGCCUCCGCUUCCGACGAUGCUAACAGCACCUCCGGCGGCGGUGGAAACAACAUCCGAUGGGACUCCAUGGUCCAGGACUUCGUCAGUAACGCCAUCAAGCAGUUCGAUUCUCUCAUCAGCUCGCUCUUGAAAGACGAUGCCGCGAUGGCGGCGGUUGAGGGUGGUAGUGAGAAGGAGAAAGAGUGGGAUUGGGAUCGAUGGCGGCAGUAUUUCGAGGAGGUCGAUGAGCAGGAGCGUCUCCUCACCAUUCUUAAGGCUCGGUUAAGAGAUGCAGUGUAUUUGGAGGAUUAUGAAGAUGCUGCCAGGCUUAAGGUGGCAAUUGCAGCUGCCUCAACCAAUGACAGUGUUGGAAGAGUGAUGUCUUAUCUCAAUAGUGCCAUAAAGGAAGAGCGAUACAGUGAUGCUGCCUUUUUAAGAGAUGAAGCUGGUGCUGGACUUGUGGGUUGGUGGGCUGGUAGUUCAAAAGACUUUAAUGAUCCACACGGUCUAAUUAUACGCAUUACUCCAGAGCACGGAAGAUAUGUUGCAAGGAGCUAUAGUCCUAGGCAACUUGCAACAUCUGGUGCUGGUGUUCCUCUAUUUGAAUUUUUUCUUACUAUGGAUAAGAAAGGUGAAUUCAAGUCUCAGGCUGUGUACUUGAAGAGAAGAGGAGGGGCCUUCCAUGGUCCCCCAACAACCUCCCCUAAAGCAUUGAGCGCUUCUGAGAGAUUGGGUUCUGUGGAGUCAACUGAUGAUAGAAGUGAACUCUUUGUUGUGAGUACUGAAGAUCCAGCUGAUGAUAGAAAUGAUGGCUCUGAUCCAGCCGAGGGAAUGCCUGGAUUUCAAAAUGUCAUGAAAGAUAUGAUUCCUGGCGUAAAGGUGAAGAUUUUCAAGGUUACACACCCAGAGAAAGUAGACAAGGAUAUUAUAUCUAAGGUGAUUGAGCAGAUAAUUGAGGAAGAAGAGGAUGAGGAUAAUGAUGAAGAUGAUGAUGAAGAAGAAGAAGAAGAAGAAGAAGAAGAAGAAGAAGAAGAUGAAGAAGAAGAUGAAGAUGAAGAUGAAGAUGAGGAGCAAGACAAUGAUACAGGAAGUCUGGAACUGGCAGAUGUUAAGUCUGAAACUGACCAAGAGGGAGAUGAUGAGAUUGAAAUAAAUGAUGAUCUGGGAACUUUUGAACGUGAAGAACAAAAUGAAAUUGCAGUCAAAAUUGUCGUUCGUGGUCUUGUUCAGAAACUUUCCAGCAGUUUUCCCACUAGGGAUUUGCUUCGAGUUCCUGCUAAGUUGGAGAUGAAGGGACGUGGUUCAUUUUCCUUUACUGUUGAAAAGGAAGUCAAUCAGCAGGAAGUUAUGUUUAGAAUUCUUUGUUCGGAUGACAGGGUUGGUGCUGUGAUUGGAAAAGGUGGCAGUAUUGUAAGAGCUCUUCAGAGUGAUACAGGAGCCAAUAUAAAUAUUUUUCCUCCGUUCCCUGAUUGCGAGGAUAGAUUAAUUACUAUUACUGCUAUGGAGAAUCCUGAAACGAGAUAUUCCCCAGCACAGAAGGCUGUUGUGCUUGUUUUCUCCAAGUCAGUAGAAGGCAUUGUUGAGAAAGGGCUAGACUUGGGAUUUAAAAAGGAGUUGUCUGUUACUGCACGUCUUGUAGUCCCAUCAAACCACGUGGGCUGUUUGAUAGGGAAAGGAGGAGCAAUAGUAUCGGAAAUGCGGAAGGCAACAGGGACUAGCAUAAGAAUAAUUGGUGGCAACCAAGUUCCAAAGUGUGUAUCAGAUAACGAUGUUGUUCAGAUAUCAGGAGAGUUUUCAAAUGUUAAGGAUGCAUUACAUAAUGUAACUAGUCGACUGCGGGAUAAUCUUUUUGUUAGUGUGCGAAACAGUGCUGGAGUACGGAAUCUUUCCUCUGUACCAGCUGAGACCAAUCUCUAUGGGAGACCGAGGGAUCAUAUUCCUCUUGGAGGUCCACCAGUUCUUGGUGUUCCUCAUAGUCUAGGUACACAUUCUCUGUCCCAAAGCUUAGAUCAUCUUUCACUGAAUCCAAAUUUAGAUCAUCCUUCACCAGGGUCAUGGCCACAACAGAGAGUGGCUGGAAUAAAUUCUAGAGGCACCAAUGAUGUUGUCAAGGGGUUGACUUCUCGAAAAGGUGGCUUAGAACAUGGCAGUGGGAGUAAAGCCACCACGGUGACCAAGAGAACUGUGGAAAUUCCGGUUCCUGAUGAUGUUUUUGGCUCUGUAUACGGGGAAAAUGGGAGCAAUUUGGAUCAACUGAGACAGAUUUCAGGUGCUAAGGUUACUGUCCAGGAACCGCGUCACAGUACAAGGGACAGGACUGUCGUGAUAUCUGGUACGCUUGACGAAACUCGAGCAGCAGAAAGCCUUCUCCAAGCUUUUAUUCUCAAUGGAUCACCCUCAUGAUGACUAUCUCAUUAAUAUCCCAUUAAUUUUCAAAUUGAUUUAGUUAUUUUAGCAUUUUUUUUAAAUUAUUUUUUUUACCCCACCUAAAAGAAGCAAUGUACACUACUACAUUAGGAAAAUAGGGAGGCCAUGUAUACUACAGUAAACAUUUGCUAAAUUAAUGUCUGAUGCAGUUCACUGAAGGGUAGUGUACUGACUGGAACCUCGUUAACGUUUGGGGUAUAUCUACCUCAGUAGUCAGUAACAACAAGCCUUCCAUUAAUCAACA